CUAGCACACGUGAGCCUCAUUGGCCAAUCAGCUGGUGAGUGUGUGCCAGCCGUAGUGUUUUUCAAGGCGCCAAGCUUAUUUGUGGACGAUUUGCACGAAAUACCCUUUUUUUGACGUGCCACGUAUGCGUCAAAAAUGUGAUCUCGGGCGAUGUUUUUGGAUAAAAUCAAACUUUGAAAUAUUAUUUACGACUGUGUCUGUGAAUGGAACGAUUUGGUGCAGUAAUUUUAAUUUGUUUGCCCGUUGAAAAAUUAUGCUCUCGGAGGCGCCAUUUUGUUGAUUUAUGUGUGGUAAACAAUAUAGAGAAGCUUAGAAUUAGCGGAAAAAUUUAAAUUAUCGUGGUACUGUUGAGCAUUACAGGCGCUUAGAUUUUGCGUUAAUAAAAUGAAUCAACAAAAUACAAUGAAUCUGAUUAUUCAGGAUGCAAACGGUCAACAAAAAAUUAUUAAAGUACUGCAUAGUGGUGGAACUGGAAAACAAUUGGUAACUGCUUCGGCAGUACAAAAUAUGCUAUCAGCACAAAACAACCAAGAAAUUGUACAAAAUUCUGCUGGGAGUGCUGCAACUGCUCAAGUCAUACGUAAAGUAAAUAUACAAACAAAAAAUGGACCAAGGGUUGUUACGUUGCCAGUUCAACAAACCAGCAAUGUAAAUACACCGAUCAAGAGGACACCACAACUUGUACAAAAAACUUUGAAGUUAACACCUCAACAACUGGCUGCCUUGAAAAUGGUGCCAAUGAAAACCCAACAAAAAGUAGUUACAGUACAAUCAAAUCAAAUGAAUAACAGUUCGUUAAAUGCAUCGGACAUUGCUAUGCAGAAUAAUGUACAAGUGACUCCAAAUGGUGUAAAGAUUAUUUCACCAGGAAUAUUGGAUCACACAGGGUCCAGGAAAAGGCACGAACCUGAAAAUGAUUACACACCUGAAUACAGUAACACAAAACGUAGGAAAACAGACAAAGUCGGCAAAGGUCUUCGUCAUUUUUCUAUGAAAGUUUGUGAAAAAGUCCGAAACAAAGGCACAACAUCUUAUAAUGAAGUCGCUGAUGAACUUGUUACUGAAUUUACGUACGGCUUACAUGGGGGAAGUCCCGAAAGCCAACAAUACGAUCAAAAGAAUAUUCGUCGAAGAGUGUACGACGCUUUAAACGUCUUGAUGGCCAUGAAUAUUAUCUCAAAAGAAAAAAAAGAAAUUAGGUGGUUGGGAUUACCUACAAAUUCUGCAGAGGAAUGCAGACUUCUGGAAAAAGACAAAAUGAAACGUCUCGAAAGAAUUAAAGGCAAAACACAACAGUUACAUGAUCUCAUAUUACAGCAAGUGUCCUUCAAAAGUUUAGUUGAAAGAAAUAAAAGAGCCGAGGAACGGGGCCACACUCCGCACGCGAAUUCAACUAUCGAAUUGCCUUUUAUUAUUGUUAAUACCGAUAAGAAAACAAACAUAGAUUGUAGCAUAUCAAACGACAAAUCUGAAUAUUUAUUCCAUUUCGAAGACAAAUUUCAAAUCCAGGAUGAUAUUGAAAUAUUGAAGCGAAUGGGUUUAGAUUUAGGUUUAAGCAAAGGUGAAUCUACGGAAGAAGAUAUCGCUAAAGCUAAGACAAUGGUGCCCAAAUCAUUGGAGUCUUACAUAGAAGAGCUUGGUCGAGGUAUAAGGCCCGAAGACUAUCUGAUGCCCGUCUACGACGACGAGUGUGAUGAUAACAUCGUAGAAAUCCCAGAAAACAUGCUCUAUUCGACAGGCGUCGAAGACUUAAUCGAAUCCAGUUUAGGACUAGACGAAGAACGAUCUCUAUCAGAAGUGGACGACGAAGAAGAGUCCGAGGAGAGCGGUAGUGAUGUUGAAAUCAACUAACAAACCAAGUGCUAUAUUAAGAGUAUAAAUUACAAUAUUAAGUUUAAAGAAACAAUAACUAGAGUUCAAAAAUUGUUCAAGUUUAUAUUUUGCCGAGGGGAGGAUUUCGAGGAUAACGCCAUUAAUGUAAACUUGUCAACUUGAACAUGUUAUUUUAUUUAAUAUACUUUAUUAUUAUAUAAUAAACUGUUUAAUAUCAG